AGGGCAGAAAUCCUGCUUUGAGCGGAGGAAGUGGGAUUCCUCCUGCUGGCUUUGCUGCAGCAACUGAAGGCAAGUUUUUAAUUAAUUUGGGGGGGGGGGGGGGGAGGAGGGGGAAUCCACAAAUAUUUCCAUGCUUUCUGACAGAUGAAAAGGGGGCUGCAUAUCACUUGAACGUCAAUAACGUUAAUCAUACAAAGCCACAAAAAGGAAAUUAAACUUUAAAAGCCAUGUUAAAAUAACACUAAAGAUUUGACUAUAGCCCACAGAGGCAAAGAAGUUCAAAGGGAAGACUGAACUUCAGCUGACCCUGCUGUGCCUAGGAAUUGCAACACAGUUUCUCUGUAAUAUUAUCCAUUUUUUAGAGAGCCUUUUACAGGGCAGGAAGAAAAAGGUCAGUGGCUCCCUAUUUCAACUUGAAGUUUUUCUCUGUGCAGUUUGUACGACAUGAAAAAGAAAGGAUUUAAAGUUGCAACUUAAUACAUCCAAGCUAUUGAAUGUGUGGAUUUAUGCUAUUUAUCAGAAAAGAAGAAAGCUCUUUAAACAUACCAGCGUUUUGCUUUGCUAAUUUUUCCCCCAGAGCUGGUAUAUGAGCAGAAUGUCUUUCCCUUGAGAUUAGUAUCUCUUCCUCUCAACUUUUGGCCUUUUAACUUGUAAAUCGUUUCACUUGAUAUCUGCUUCUUAUUAACAAAUAUUAAACUUUUCUGCUGGUAGCUAACUGCGUAUCUCCCCGACUCUUUCUUUUUUCUCUUGUUCUGCUUCUGAAAUCUUGGCUUUAGUAGGCAUUUGUGUGGGGGGAACUUUUAAUUGCUUCUUGCUCAUUGGGAGUUUUGUUACAGAUGUUGGUAUUUUUUGGCCCAGUGCUUGAAAUGCUGUCAAGAAAUUAACACUUAACAAGCUGGGAAAUUCUUGAGUUAAUUAGUGCUGCCUUUUUCACAGGUGUUGCAGCUGUUUCACUUUUGGCUUCAGGAGAGGUUUUUAAUCAGAGGUCUGAGUGUUUGCUUGUGCCUUGGCAACCUACAGCAGAUGCAGGCCAGCUCCCUUCUCCUCAGCAUGCUGGUACAAACUGUUAUUGCAGAGGAGAGGUUAAUGUUAGGCCUUAACUUCAGUUUUAGAGCCUUCUAAUAGGAAUGGAACUGUCUGAACUCAUGGUAUAGGAUUGCUCUUGGUUCUUUGCCUUGUUCACUCUUGGCCUUGAGUGGGGUGGUGUGUCUAUGCCAGCAGCUCUGUGCUGUGGGGUUUAUGUGUCCCUCAUCUGCCAUUGGGCCCAAAGCCUCAUGUCUCAUUCCCUUAAUCCCUGUGUUAAUCAUGUCCACUCUGUCCACCUCUGGAGCUCUGUACAACUGCCCCGCUACCACCUUUCCACAUUCCCUGGAUGACCGUGCCCGUGUCUUUGUUCCUGUUUCUUUCAGCAUCGUUACUGCAUGCUUUUUCUCUUUGCUUUCAGGCUGUGAUGUACUGGACUCACACAGACCUGUGAAUGUUGGCUUGCUGUCAGCUUGCACUGUGCUCUGCUGAUGGCUAUUGGUCUGAUUUAAAUUUCUGGUAGGAUACCUUCUACUUUUGCAUCUCUUCUCGCAGUAGGAAUUCUGGUUUCAUCAAGGAGGUGGUCUCACUAUAGUGCCCUUAAAAAUAACAGCAUCACAGCCAAACACUUGUUUAGGGAAGAGCUAGCAAGUUUUGUGUACGGCCACAUGUGUUUGAUCAAAAAAAAACCCCAAACCAGAGCAGCCCUAAAGACGUAGAGGUGUCUGUGGCCUGGGAUGAAAUCUUCAGGUGAGUAAUGUGGUAUAGCAGCAUGUAGCUGCUCCCGCAGACCCCUGAUGUCAUAUUUGGGCAAUGGAGUAACACAAGCUAGAGGAGGGGAGUCCCCAGAAGAUCCCCAAAGCCAUGGUGAGAAAAGGUGCAGAGCCUCACUGCUCUGCGCUGCAUUCGAAGAUUCAGUGAACCUGUGUGACACAUUGCGGUGCAAACAGCCUCUGUGCGAGGCACUGCCUGGGGGUGAAAAGGCUGCAAGCAGUGGGUUUUCCCUGUCCUGUCUGCUUCAGCGCUGCUGUGCAGAGCUGUGAACUCCUCAGUUUCGGGAGUGCCGUUCAGGGUGGGUUGUCAGACCCUGUGGUUUCGGUGUGUGUUGUAGGGAUUCCUUAGGGGGUGCGUUCUGCAGUUUCUCAGUGCGAGGGGGAGGUUUUUCGGUGAGCCGUGAAGGCUGCGGCCUGGGUACGUGUGCUCGGUUUUGUAUUUACUUUUCUGGAGAAGCUCCAGUGAAACUCUUCUCUGAGUAACUCCAGAGGCCUCCUGCACAGCCUGAGCAAAUGGAAUUCCCACAACAGACACUCCGAAUCUUAUUUUUAUUUUUUUUUAAUAACCGCCACUUAAUAAAAGGCUGCUGCUGCAUACACUCACUCCUUACUCAUUCAGAAUGUAUUUGAUUAUACCAAACUGCAGAGUGUAGAUGACAGGAGAACAUUGCAAUUUGCAAUGGGGGGGUUGGUAUUUCAUUCUUACUGUGACCUGUGAAGGACCCAGAGAGGCCGACUGCUGAAGGGCAAUCCAUGGGACUCGCUCUGAAGAAGAAUUAAUGACGAGGAAGCCCUGGGCUGUGAGAAGAUUAUUUUCUUUUAUUAAGUUAUACUAGGCAAACAUGUGCACAGACAUGACUGACGCACUCCAAAGUCCAUCUGCAUUCACAAACCCUGGCUGAGCUCUGGAUUAAGUCCCAAGUCUCUGAGGAGGACAGGGGAGUUGAUCUUUGGGACUGCAUGUGCCUGACCCCGUGGAGCUGGGCUCUGGUGAGAGUGGGGCUGUGGAGGAGGCAGCGAGCAGCAUGGCGUGGUCACAUCCCUCCCUCUAAGCGUGCACUUUCUGAAAUGUUGAGGUUGGAAAGCCAUUGAAAAUGUCUAGAAUGGCAAAUAUAAAUAGUAAAUGUUGCUCUCUACUGUUAUCAGUUAGUAUGUCCUGCCUCACCGCUGCCAGCUAUGAGAAAUCUCACUUUCUUUGUAGCAGUCACUUUCUGCAGAGCACAUAUACGUGAUUUGGAAAUGGUGUUAAGUGUUAGACUUAGCUUGCUGGUAGACUCCUAUAGUAAGGAAAUAGUGCUCCUAUUUCCUUUGUAACUUCAAUCAGUUGGUCUCCCUUUGCUUCUGUUUCCUUGCUUGGAAAUGCAGCAAGUAAUUAUGUGGGGGCACUGAGUCAAGUAUGUGAAGUGUUGGCAGGCACUUGGAUGCCACGGUAAUGGGGACCAUAUAAUUGUUUAAUUGCAUGUAGAAUGCAGUUUUCUUUUUCAUGUUAUGAUAGACACUUAGUUGUGUAAUGAUGUACAGAGGGAAACUGUAGUGCUUGUCAACAUCUAUAGAAUUUUAGCAUCAUGAGCAAUGCUUACACUUGGAGAUAGAGUGCAGCACAAAGUUUGCACUGCAGCAUCUUUUUAUUAAUAAAUAAAGACAAUGUGCAGGUUUUGCCCUAGCACUGCAGGGAGGACAGAUGCCACACUAGUAGUUGUCCCUUUGUCCUUUCCUGCCUCCUCCUGGGGUGUAACAAAAUGCCUCAGCUGGGCACAGCAAGAGGAUAAACUGCGUGGUCCAUAGAGGAAGCCAAGAACUUAAACUGGUUCCUGAAGUAGCUCUGUUAGGGUUGUUUGGUGCACAACACCUGAUGUCAUAUGGAGUUGUUGUAGAACAGUGUGUGCCAGGAGGGAUGUUAUGGUUUAGGCAUUGUAUUCCUCAUGGAUUGCGUGUGAAUGACAAAGCAGAGUUUUCACCUUAAGCCUCUAAAUGACUUAGAUGAUUUUUUAAAAGAAAGUAAUGCUAGUUUUCAGGGAAAACGCAAUCAAACGUUGACUUGCCAAAAGUCAUGAGCAGAUUAGUAGAAGGAAAAGAGCAAUAAGUAAACAUGUCCAUUGGGCAAUGUAAUUUUAAAGCAAAUAAAUAUGAUCCAUGAGUUAUAUUUUGGAAUCGGGAAUAUUUUUAAAAGUUUUACUGGUGUAACAUUUGGUCUCUCGGUGAUUUCAUUCAGUUAAUUGCAGUCAAUUAUUUUGUGCAUCUCUGUGUCAUGGGAGGGUCCCCUCACAGCACAGAGGCUCUGGUAUCGCUGUGUAUCCUGACUUGCCAGUAAAUUUUCUGAGAGGAUAAUUUGGAUGGGAGCACACUGCGACAGCAGAAGGCAGUGAGAAGAGAUUAUUGGAAGCAAGGAUGUUCACUACAGGGCUGUUCCUGGUGUCCUGCAUAACUCGUGCUUCUGGGCAGCACAGCAAUCCAGCCAGCCUUAGAAAUGUGACUGAGGCUGAAUAUCAGGCACUGCACAAAAAGAGCUCAGGUUUACUGCAGCAGGCCUUAGUGAUGUUCUCCGAGAUAGCUAAGCAGUCUGCCAGUGAAAUUUUAUAUCAGUUAUAAAUGUUAAUUAAUUUAUAAUGGUAAGAAAAGAUAGCUCUUCCUGAAAGAACUGCAUCAACAAGAGGACUUUUAAUGGAAAUGUGAUUACAAGAAUCAUGCUUUUUAAUUCACGUAAUUGUACCAGUCGAGAUUUCAGGCCUAGCUUGCUAAAAAUGAAAGAUAGAGGAGCUGAGGUUUCACAUCAUGAAAGCAUUCAUUAGGAGCUAAAGCCAUGGAGAACUGGGCUGGAGCAGAACAGGGCUGUGAACCAGGAGAUGUGGUGCCAUGUGCAGAGCUGAAAUGUGUCAGUGUGCCAGGCCAGCAGAAAUGCCUUCCUGGGGGAAAAGGAAAGUCACCAAAUCCUGUAUGAGAUUAGUGCCAGUUUGAAACAGUCUUCUGCUUGCUAGCCUGCUGGCAUGUGACAUAAGCACGUGUUGGUUGUAGCUGUAGUUAGAGCAUGGCUAAGAGUGAAAGGACUUGACUGCAUAAACAGAAACAAAACGUGCGCAACGACUGCUGGUCGAAAGAACAAGGAGAAUAAAAGGUGUUUUCCUCACUUGUUUUAAGCAGUAACACCCGGUGUGAAGGAGGGCUUGUUUGGGAGUGCAGCCCCUCCUGGCUGCCCACACUGCCUUAUCUCAGUCGGUCUCUUCUGGUACUGCUCUGUACUCAGAAACCAGAGCAUGCUACCGAUAGGAAUCUGUGGCUACCAACCAAGUAUUUGGGGUUUAGCUUUGCCCUCUUGGCCUAGUUAAUCUGCCAAGAGGUGCAAAUGGUUGUUACCAGCUUCUUGAGAAAGAUGACCUUCUUCUAGGUGGCCAGAGUGUCUCUUGUGCUCGUGAUAGAAGGCAAAGCAGCAAUUCAGUGAGGUUUUUUUCGGAUCAGUAGCAAACACAGCUAUUUGUUUUCUGAAGCCUAGUGAUGGCUGUGUUCUGGAAGGUAGAUUCUGGACAACCGUAGUGCUAAGAUAAACGUGCUGCUGAAGGAAAUCGGCUUGUGGUUAAUUAGCAGCACAGAGAAUGAACAUGGAUCAGUGUUUAGAUGUUUGAAUUGGAAGCUCUUUAGGUGACUUUAUAGGCUUGCAUGCACUGGCAUUUUUUUUCUAAUGCUAUAGAACCACUCAAAAUGUAUUUUUAAAAGCUUCUUUGAAGGCAGAACUCAGUAUUAAGCUGAUUGAAGUGAAGACUGGUGAUGUCAUUUCCCUCAAACUUGCUGCAAAACUCUGCUAUAAAAGCAUAAUGUUGAGAAAACCACAGCAAAAUGAGAGAGGCAAAGGCGUGUGCCCAAGGAGUAAUGCCAUUGCAGGUGAGUAACACCACCCUCACACAGGACUGGAGAGGGCCCAGAGCUUUCACUGAGGAGAUGUCUUAAAUCUCCCCUCCGCCUUGAAGGCCAUUUAUGCUUCGCUGACACUUUUCAGGAAGGGCAUCUCAAGUAUUCUUGUGAUCCUGACAAGAAGAAAACAGCCUUGUUGUAAAGCAGCCUUGUAAAACAAAAUGUUCCAUCGAGGGCAAGCUGGCAGCACCAUGGUGUGCUUUCUCUGAAAUGUCCACUGACCUCAAGCAAGGCCAUUCUGAUAUGCCCUGUCUGUGAGCUUCAGGAUGUUUUCUUUAUUCACUUCCAUUGCUUUUUUUUCCAGGUGCUUGUCCUCUUUUAGGUAGGAUUUGCAGCAGGCUGGAAGCUUAAUAUGAUCACUUUGCAUGCAUUAAGACCUGCAGGGGUGCUGUUCUUGGGCAGUAAUGAAUAUGGAAAGUCAUGGCAUUUUUACUGUGAAAAGAACUGUAGGUACAGAGUAACUCACACUGUGUGUGUGGGAAAGCAAUCAAGUUUAAAAAAUAUACGUUGCUGAAUUUGCCCACACGAUCUAAACAUUCUGUGUAAAAUGCAAGUCAGAGUGGUUUGGUGUUGUGACAAAUUAGAACAAAAUGAUCUUACAGAAAAAAUGUAAUAAGCGCUUCUAUGUAGCACUCUCUGUUCUGCUUUUCCCUCCCCAAAAUACCAGGCAGACUGUUUUUAGGAUGAUAGGACGGCAGUGACCUUGUGCAUUUCCUGCAGCCUGCCGUGCUGAAUUUCAGGCAGAGAUUUUGCUUGAUUUUCAGCCAAGCUGAAGUAUGAAUUCAGGUGGGUUUGGAAAACUUGGGCCAGGUAUCUUUAAAGGUGUAUGCAAUCAAAUUAAUCCUAUUGAAGCUUAAGAAUAAGUGGGCUGAUUAUCAAGCACCCAACAGGUCCCACUGAGCAUUUUCUUACCACUGCAUUUCCUCUUACGUUGUGUUUGGGGAUUGGUGUGGGGCUGUGUCCUUUCUUGGGAAACACGAGGCUCUGUCUUCCUGGGCUUGCUUUGCGUCAAUGUUGACUGAACUGUGCAGAAGUCCAGCAUGGGGCUGAGCAUCUCCUGUGUGUGUUGGCUGCUCAUGGGCUGGGCAGCACAGAGCUGAGCGAGCUCUCACUGACUCAACAUUUUUGGGUUUGUCCCAAACACAAUGAGCAUUCUGCAUGAAGGAAGAACCAGGAGACUGCUAAGAAAUGCUUUAGAGAGCACAGGGGGUUGGAGUGAUGUUAACCUGUAUCACUGAGCAACAGAACCAGUCUCUCCCAUAGGCUGGGGUGGCUUCAGCAUUUAUAUUUAACAGAAGGGCGUUCGAUGUUGCCUUUUCCAUUCAGUGAAGUUUGGCUUGAAUUUUUUUUCAUCCGUUCCAAAAAAGAAAAUGAAACGUUGACUUUAAGCACCUCUGUUAAAUACUCAGAAAUUGUGAAAGCACUUAUUUCAUAUGGGAAAGUUCUGUUUUUAAUGUGAUGGUUUGCUUUUAUAGGAAAGAUAAACCUAGUCUGAAGUAACAUUUCUCUAAGCCUUUUUUGGUAGAAUUUGAUCAGUGGUUUAAGCAACUGUAACUGAUUCCAGGAACACUUCAAAGCAGGCACUUCUCAUUGGCCAUGUGCAAAAUCACCUUCUGAGUCUGAGGCUCUGGAAAUGCAUUUAUUCAUAGAAUAUGUCUUGCAUUAGUCCUCAGUUGGCCAAUAAAAUUAUCUAAGGCAUGUCUGAGGCAGCUACGAAAAAGCAACUUAAAAGGAAUUACUGUUCUAGCAAAGAUGAUGCAAUACACGGAGCUAUUAUCAGUCACAAGGUAAAAUUAAAUGCAUUCAAAUGAUUAUUUUUUUUCCUAAAGGAGUAUGAUAAAUAUAAAGCUUUAAAGAAAAGUCACUUUGAGUAAAGGCUGGCUUUAUUGUGCUUGAAAGCUUAGGUAAAAGGAGUGUGCCUUUACCCGCUGGCUGCUUGUCCUUGGUUUGCAGCAGUGAGAAGGAAGUGACAUGAUAUUCCACAGUGUUUGCCCUUAUCUCGCAGACAAGGCCUCCAGUUGUCAGAUCUUUGCAGCAGGAAGCAAAAUGCUAAAUAUGCUGGCUGUUAUUCAGGUAGGAGCAUACAAAGGGGGUGAGUACUAUCUAUAAAUAAGUACACGUUGCUGUGUUAGUACAUGGGUGUACUAGUACUGCCUGCUGGAGCUGAGGUAAUAAGUGCCCACAAAACAAAAUAUUUAAGGCUUUCUUUAAAAAAACCACUUAUCUAAGAUAACAGCAGUGUUUUAAGAUUUCCAAGUCUCCUGCAUCCUAACUAAGAGUCAUAUAAGUGCUUCCUCAAUCCAGCCCCUUUUUUCAAAGCCUUCUAAGUAUAUGCUUAGAUUUUAGCCCAGAGUUAAAUUAAUGGAGCUGAAGCAUGAGGUCUAGCAAAAGCUUAAACAUAAUCCUGAUGGAGUGUUGGAGCAGCAGUCUGGGUGAGGAGGAACUGUUUGCCAGGAGCCAUACUUGAAGCUUUCCAAGGGCAUCAGCAGGUGAGAAUGGCAGCAGUGCAGAUGGGAAGCAGGUGGCUGCCCUGCCCUGUGCCCACUCGUGACAAAUGGCAUGCUGCCUUCAAAGCUCUGGCUUCACAGUCCUCUGGAGAAUGUGUUGUGGCUGUCAGAAAACAAUUAAGAGGUCAUUAUGAGGGAAUUCUUUCACCAGUCCAACACCUGACGCAGCCACCGGAUGCACUUCAGCCUAUGAGUCAGGAAUGUACCGGCCACAGCAGUGGCUUUGCAAGGAUUCCUGCUGCUGGGAUGCCCUGGUCCUCCUCUGGCCUGUUCAUUUUCUUUUCUUUUAACGUUUUUUGACAUCUGAGGGAUUCAGCUCCAGAAAAGCCAAUGCAGCCUUUGUGCGUGGUUUGCCCAGUAUUGUUUGAGAAAUAAAUGCCUCAGAAUGAUGUACACACUCAUGCAUAAACUGGCAUAAACUGUGCUUGCAGUGCUGCUUAGUCUCAGGUGCUGUCCUGCCCACAGCUCUCUUGCUCCUCAUGGAGGUUUUUGACAACCAGCACGUGAAGGCAUUUUGUUAUUUGUGAGUUAUGACUUUCAGUUAUCUGCAGCACGCAUCCAAGAAUGCUGUGGGGCUUUAGUGCCUCUUGGAGCUGGCUGUGCUGCUGCUUGAUUGCAUCCCUCAGCAGUAGCUGCCUGAGCAAGCCAGAGCUUCUGCAGCCGCAAAAUUCUUCUAUGUGGGAGUACGCAGCCCUCGUUGGAGUUUUGAAACCAGAGACAACCUUAUCUUCCUUAAGAAUAGGAGUAAUAAUAAAAACCAGAUUUAAAAAAUCCCUCAGAGAGACAUAAUAAUUUAUCGAGGGUCAUCUGUGGAGGAAAGCAAAAAGGACUGGUGCUCUUUGCUUGGCUGAUGCCCACAGUUCCCCGCAGCCUCCUCUUCCUGAUACUGCUCUCUGGUUUUGAGAGAAAUGCAUAUUUUUGGUGCUGUGCAUGUCUCUUCUUCCCCCAAAUGUAAAAACGAGAACCAAAAUGCUUUCCAGAUUUCUCCACCUGGACUUGAGCACACGUUUUGAAAGUAAAAUCUGAUUAAUUGCUGGAAGAGCAGUGUGGUAGAGAUGCUUUUAAUUUCUUUUCACACUUGAGGCGUACAGCAGCUGCUCCAUCCUGUUUGUCCAUUCCAUUUACCUGUGGCAUCCUGUUGUAAAUGGAAAUCACGCUCUCUUGGGGGUCAGGGACUCUCUUUUUUUUCCAGUUGUGUGUUAGCCUUGAUAAUGCAUUGGGGAUUAGUGGGCACUGCCAUAAAACAAUUAGUGUCCUCCAAAGUCAGUGAUCUAGAGGCCUGGAAUGGAAUUUACUGGAUUCGUUCCAUGUGCAAAUGAGUGGCUCUGCUCAUUCCCUUCCCGAGAAGUAACCACCAGCCCUUCAGGUUUGGGAAACCUGCUUUCAUUUGAAGAUCCUUAACGGAACAGAGCUUUCCUUUAUGUAGCUCUGGGCAUCCUGUCUGAAUGACAUGUGUUGUUAUACCCCAGGAUUGUUUAUGGCUUUUUGGUUUAGUGGCUGUUCCAGGCAUCCAGUGCAGUUAUGUGCAAAGCCUGAUGUCCGUUCUUGUGGUAUGGAAGCUCUGCACAGGGUUUCCAGUGUCCUUACAUGCUCCCACAGGAGGGGACCUAUUGCUUGUGUUACAUAGAAAAGCAUGAAGAUCAGCAGGAUUAAGUAAGAAGUCUCCGAGGUAUCUGAAGGCUUUGAGGAUGUGAGUCUGAUUCAGCCAAAGGUAGGCAGGCUGUGUGGCCCAGAACAAGAAAUCUUUCCUAUCUUUCCUCAGGUGGAAGACUGUGCCCCUUGUGCUGCGUUUUCUUUUCACUCUGCUCACAGGCUGCAGGCGAUGGCACUCCUGUCUUACUGCUUGUGCAGCGGUGCCAAAUCGCAUCGUGGUGUUUACCGGGUAACAACAGGAUGUGCGCUGCGCUGUCACAGAGCAUUAUCUGCUCCUGUUAUAUUUUUAGGCUCUAGCUUCUGUGACAAAAUAUUCAGUGACCGUGCAUUUGCCUAGAUGCCUUUGAAGGUCUGGGUUUGCCUCGUGUGCGAGUUGCCAUUGUUUGGGUUGAGCCAGCACUGGAGCAGCACUGCUGAGUUCUGUUUGCUGUCUCCACAGUGCUUCUAGAAAUGAGCAUUGCAUUGCUUUCAGCAGAGCCCCGGGUCCUGCUUUACAGAGGUUGAGUUUGUGGCGAGCUGACCGCUGAUUUCUGCAUGCCAACAUUGCAUUGUGAACACGAUAGGAUGUGUGUGUGGUGCUGUUUAUUGCAACGAGCACACGGGUUGUGAAGUAGGUGCUGCCCCACAAGCCUGCCCUACGGGUCAGCCCAGGGGGAGCGGGGAAAGCCCUGCGACAUCCUCAGCUCCUUCAGCAGAGCGCAGGCAGAGCUAUUGGUGCAGGCCCUGCAGCUGAAAUGUGAGAAAGCCGUGCUCAGAGGGAGGACAGAUGCUUCUGGUGUGAAGAGCUGGGCCAGAGCUGUGGAACUUUCCACCAGCACAGAGCUAAUUCCCCAAGCUCAGCAUAUUCAAAGUCUGAAUGUGAAACUCAUCUUUUCCUUGAGUUUUUUUUUUUUUUUUUUUACAAGCACAGAAUGAAUAAAAAGAGAACCUUAAGAACUAAUCCAGUUAAGCUUUUUCUUGCCGGCUGAGAAGAAAAAGAGACAGAAAGAACAAUAACCACUUUGUUUCUCUUUUGCAAUAUCUGGUCAGUGGUCAGAUACGGCAGAGGUGAAGAGGCCAUGCAAACACAGAUAAUUCAGGGCUGGAUAUGCUGUGUUGGAGGCUGAGAUUUUGGCAGGGCAGGACAGGACCAGGAUGAAGCCAUGUGGGCACAAUGGCUUGGAAUGAAGGAAGACAAAUCCUUUCAGGCUCAUCUAUAAAUCAAUUACCAUUUGUUCCUUAUUAAUAAUUUAGCUGCCAAGAAUGCGUUUAUUACUUUAGAAGGGGGAAAAAGUACAGACUAUCCCUACGCUGAAUAGCUGGCAGUCUAAAAGAUGUGAGACAGUACUCAUGGGACUAUCCAGAGAAAACUGUAACCAUUGGCUGUAUUAAUUACUUUAAUAUUUUGCACCAUCCCCUCCCUAUACGCCUUUUCUCUGUUUGCAUCAUGUUGAUCAUGUGUGGCACGCUCAAUUUGACUGUUUUUCCCUGAGAAAUGAGUCAGUACGGGUCAUCCUUCCAUCCCAUCAGGGCUGGAACUGGAAGCUGCAUGAGGCAGAGAGAAGGGGUGAGGUGGGGAGGGAAGGAAAAGCAAAGGCGAAGUGUGUGGUGGGGAUCCAGUAUGGGCAUACAGCUUGGCUGGGGGGGAGCUGUGAUGAGUGCUCAGCCGUGGGAUAUAAGAAGUGCUGGAGUGCCUUGAGGGACAGGGCUGUAGGCCGUUCAAACUUAAUACCUUGUAGGAGAUAGCAAACAGAUUAAGAGAAGAGCGUGAUUGGUGGUUCAGAGCAAUCAUUUUAGAAGCUGUUUUUUUUUUUUUUGUAUGGGUUGAAGGAACAAGAUAUGAAACUGUUGUGCCAGAGAGGAAGAAGAGACUAGAUAGCAUUCACCAUAAGGCAGGUUGUAUGGAUCACAAAGAGGAAAGAGAAGAGGUACAUCUUCAUGUAUUUAUUCAUUAUUAUUUUAGAGAUUUAGAUUAGAUGUUAGGCGGAAAUUCUUUACGCAGAGGGUGGUGAGGUGCUGGCAUGUGCUGCCCAGACAGCUGUGGGUGCCCCAUCCCUGGAGGUGCGCAAGGCCGGGCUGGAUGGGGCCCUGGGCAGCCUGGUCUGGUGGGAGGCAGCCAGCCCACGGCAGGGAGUGGGGCUGGGUGGACUUUAAGGGCCCUUCCAACACAGCCAUUCAAUGAUUUUAUGACCUAGGAAUGAUCCCGGAAAGGCCAUCUGAAUGAAUGAUGCUGUUUGCAGAGACAAGAAGUUUGGAAAUGGAAUAAGGCAAAUGGAGAGGAGCUGGGCUUGCUAGUGUUUAAUGUCUUGCUGGGGGGGGGGAGCUGGAUCCUGGUGCAUCCCAGGCAGACAGUCGGUGCAGACUCUUGGUAAAUAGACGGAGUGCCGUGAGGAGGAGGUGUGCCCAGUCAUUGUCUGUGUGUAUUUUAGAGCAAUCACAUUUGCUUCACGGAGCUGUUUUUUGAGGAUGGAGUGGGUGUGUGGACCAAAGGCUUAGUCACAAGGGCAGGGAAAGAAAACUGUCUUGACUUGUGAAAUCAAAUAUUUGUGACUUAUUCCAUUGUUUCCCUAUCUUUGUGUAGCUUAUGUCCAUAGUCACUUCUAUCUGUAGGAGUGAGCUGUGCUGGUAGAUCUGUGUCGGUGUCCCUCUUUGCACCAUUGACUGCAGAGGAUAGCUGCUGGUUUGCACCCUUGCUCGCAUGCCCUCACGCACUCCCGCCUUGGGCAGCUCUGGAAGUAUUUAGGGAAGGUGUAGGUCGUGAGACAUCUCCUACCCAACAAAACCUGCAGGGCGCUUAAAAAUGUGUGUAUGAUUCACUGGUGGAAGGCCCUCUGUGAGUCACCUCUGACCCAGGGACCCAGCAAGUGCGCCAUGCUGCUGCAGGGGAGACGUAAAAAGACCAUCCGUAAUUGCCUGCUGUUCUGUGUGCCUCAUCGUGUUGUUUCAGAGAGGUGGGGUGUGUUCCUGGGUCUCCCGCGUGCAUUUCCCCCUGAGCAGUUACUAUGGCUUACUUUUCCAGCUUCCCUCGAGCUUUGAUUUGCAGUGUGGUGUGGUCUUUGCACUGACCAUAGAAGCACUGUGUGUUGGUGUGAGCUGCUGAGCAGUGCGUGGAUGUUGCUCUCCUCUUGGCCAUACAGAGGUGGACAGAUCCAUCUGUGUACCCGUGUAAUUUUGAAAACACUUUAGGAACUGAAUAUUUUGCCUUCUGUGGAUUCUCCUGUUGGGUCAUAGCAGAGGCCAGGAGUGAUCACUCCAGUAGUUUAAGGAGCUUCCAGAGUUUGUCUGGCAUUAUUGCUCAGCACUCACAGAGUUUGGUGUUAGGUGAGGUGAGGCAGGGAAGAGAGCUCAGGGAGAUGGUGUCCAGAGUGGUAAUGGAGGGGACAAGAGCUUCCCUUUGCUCCCUCUACCAGUGUGAAAAGUGCAUGCAGCAGCCCAGACAAUGCUUGGAUGGGUGCUUCUGAAGGAACCAACUGGGGGGGGGAAGGAAACAAGGAAGAAAAACCUUGGUUCUGGAAUGCUGCUGAUGGGUUUCCAUAGUUUGGCUGAUAAUGUCACCAUCCCUGUGAGCCAGCUGCUGUGCCCCAGGCACACAUUCCCUGCACGGCCAAGCCCUGCCUGUGUCUGACGGAGGCGAUGCGGAGUUGGCAUGAAAAUCAAAAGCAGCUUCAAAAUGUACUCUGGCUUUUUCAAGUACAAACUAAUAUUUACCUGCGAGUCUACUUCCCUCCUUGUUCCCUCUGCUUGGCAAGCUCUAGGGCUGUUUCUGUUCUAAGUUUCACACUUCAGUAUGUAUCCAGUGAGGUUCCCAGGGCGUGAAUAUUAAAUAUUCUUUUUAUUUUGGAGAGAGGGGGGAGGUGGAUGACAACAGGAAAGCUGCUUGAAAUGUCUCUCUGUUGCCUAAAGGUGAGUUUUGAUGCAAUUGGUAUUUUCAGCAGUUCGUGAUGGACACCUCAUGGAAAACUUUUGGAAAACAUCUCAUUUAGGAACCACUGUCUGCUGUGGUGGUUGAAUGGGGACUUGUUUUUGUGUUGGUCGUUGGUUUUUUUUUCCUGGACUGUUCUUUAAUCACUUGCCUCAAGUUUUUAUUACUACUGACAUUUACAUAAAAAUAAGGUAUUUGUUUAUGUUGAAUGCGGCUGUUCUGGCCGCUUGCUUUUUCCUGCUCCUCUUUGUGUCAUACCGGCUGGAUUUCCACACAAGAAAUAGUAACAACUAAACCUUUACAGGAAAGGUAGUGUGCACGCACAUGCUGGAGAUCCUGUUUGGAUGAUAAGACUGACGUAGCACGAUAUGGAGACGUGCUCUGCCGAGCUGUUAUUCAUGCCCCUCUGCUGCGCUCCCACACAUCCUGCAUUAGUCAGAGCUAAGCACUGAAAUUAUACAUCCCUGUUCCCAGCCGUAUCGCCACGCAGGGCUGGUACAGCUUCAGGCAGGAUGAAGGGUGGGGGGAAAACAUCUGUGCUUGCACUGCUUUGCUUCAGAUAGAGUGAAGCAGAUGUCUCGUGGGGAAAAUGGUGCGUCCUGGCUAGAGGGAGCAGCACUGUGUGCAAGUCAGGCUUGGGUGAGCAAAGGAAUUCCUGGUGCCUUGCAGCAUUGGAGGAAAUACUAAGAUUGAGGAUUAUUAUUGUAUUUAUUUAUUUAUUCAAAAUAACCUGUUAUGUAAGGAUGUAGAACUGGGCAGGAUAGUUAUGUGGACUGCAGGUGGCUGGGGCAGUGACGUUCUCUUGCUGCAUGGCACGAGUGCUGUGCUGCUGAGCUGUGAGUGGCAGCCUGAGCAAACUCCGUCACUGAUGUGCAGAUUUACUAGAAGAAAGGAAGCUCUCAGGUAGGCCACAUCCACAGCUUCCUCUUUUUGCUGUUAAGUGCUUUUGGUGGGAAAAAAUAAAUAUUUCAGCUGAAGCGUUUUCCGUCUCUCUGGCACAAAUAACCCUCUUCUCUUACUGUACCAAAGCAUCCCACAAAAUAGAACUAACAACCCCAGAGCCCAUAGCACACCCUUCCCUUGUCCCUGCCCUCCUCAGCUGUGCUGUAAAACCUGAUUAUGAGAGGGAGAAGUUCACAAAGCUGUUCCCCCCCACGUAUACCUGGACUCUUGCAGAGUCUCAAGCCUCUGAUUUCAGUAGUAAUUACAGACAUAAGAGACUGUAAAACGUUAACUUUUGUGGGCUUUUAAUGAGGCGUCCCGUCUUAAAUCCGCAGCGUUCCCCUAACACAUCACACUCCUUAAGUGUGCUUUUUAAGCUGGAUUUCUCCUGCAUUGCUGUGACUCAUAAUUAAGGAAGUCAGAGUUGUAAAAUUAACACAGCUUCUUCCACUACCCUUUUCACCUCUCACACGGUGCACACCUUCCCUCAGCAUCUCGUGGAAACUUCAAGGCUUGUUUGGGUAUAGCGGAGGCAGCUCUUUGUUACUGGGUUUGUGUGAGCAAAGAGGAAAGUCUGUGAGAAUCUGCUCUGUGAUGAAACACGCCGUCUGCACAUGGGAAGUGAUUCAUCUGCAACUGAUUCAUUAGCAGCUCGCAGGAUGCCAGCGCGGGUCGGAGGCUGGGAAAGAUUGGAGAAGAGAGGUGGCUAAUCGCUGGGGAGCACGGCGGAGGCUGCAGACGGAGUAACCCAGACUGAAGGUCGCUGGAUGGCCGGCUGCAGGUGUCCCACCGCAAGGGCCUUCCCCAUGUCAUCUACUGCCGGCUGUGGCGGUGGCCGGACCUGCAUAGCCACCAUGAGCUGCGGGCCAUGGAGAUGUGUGAGUACGCCUUCAACAUGAAGAAGGACGAAGUCUGUGUGAAUCCCUAUCAUUACCAACGAGUGGAGACCCCAGUGUUACCCCCAGUGCUGGUGCCUCGGCACACGGAGAUCCCAGCUGAGUUCCCACCGUUGGACGAUUACAGUCACUCUAUCCCAGAGAACACUAACUUCCCAGCAGGCAUUGAGCCGCAGAGCAACUACAUCCCAGAGACACCUCCUCCAGGCUAUUUGAGUGAGGAUGGAGAAACUAGUGACCACCAGAUGAACCCCAGCAUGGAUGCAGGUUCUCCAAACUUAUCACCAAAUCCUAUGUCUCCGGCACACAAUAAUCUGGAUCUGCAGCCCGUUACCUACUGCGAGCCGGCGUUCUGGUGCUCCAUAUCCUACUAUGAACUCAACCAGCGCGUGGGGGAGACGUUCCAUGCCUCGCAGCCCUCCAUGACCGUGGAUGGUUUCACUGACCCGUCGAAUUCUGAACGCUUCUGCCUUGGUCUGCUCUCUAAUGUGAACAGGAAUGCAGCAGUGGAGCUCACGAGACGGCACAUCGGAAGAGGAGUGAGGCUGUACUACAUUGGUGGCGAGGUGUUUGCUGAGUGCCUUAGUGACAGUGCCAUUUUUGUCCAGUCUCCCAACUGCAACCAGCGCUACGGCUGGCACCCAGCAACAGUCUGCAAGAUCCCACCAGGAUGUAACUUGAAGAUUUUUAACAACCAGGAAUUCGCAGCUCUCUUGGCUCAGUCUGUAAACCAGGGCUUCGAAGCUGUGUACCAGCUGACCAGGAUGUGCACGAUUCGGAUGAGCUUCGUCAAGGGUUGGGGAGCAGAAUACAGGCGGCAGACGGUGACCAGCACUCCCUGCUGGAUUGAGCUGCACCUCAACGGCCCUCUGCAGUGGCUGGACAAGGUCCUCACACAGAUGGGCUCCCCGAGCAUCCGCUGCUCCAGCGUCUCCUAAGGAAGCACCUCCUGGGGGCGGGCGGGGGAGCAAAGACUGGAGAGUGGAAUUGGCUGAACCCUUAGCAAAACACAUAGAGAAGAGAUUCCCAGUUACUGAAGUGAUAAGGAGAAACAAAUCUGCUCAAAUAGUGGCUUUUCUUGGUUUUGUUUCUUUUUUUUUUUUUUUAAACUUAAAGACCCAUUGAAGCCACUUCCACUGAAACUGUUAGCACUUUGGUUACAAGGCUGUGGGCCCUUGCAGUCAGAAUGAAGCUGAAGUUUAUCAUGAUAAAAGAUGACUUUGUUUCAGCGGAGAGAAGCCAGUGCUGUGCCUCCAGCCAUGGCACGUCCCAGCCGCCCCACGCAGCCCCAGCAUCUCCGACAGACACCACGGGCCUUUGGGAUGACUCUUGCUCAUGCACUGCUGUCUCCAUCCACCUGACGUGUGCCCGUUCUUUCUGGGAUUGCAGCAGUAGGUGGAAAAGAAAGCGUGUAAAGCACAUGCAAGGAUUGAUUGCCCGGUAUUGCUCCUGAAAGGAACAGAUUUCCACAGUGCACAGCUCACUGAGAGGCAGCGCCUUGCUUUGUGCCCGAGCUGCCACUGUGCCCUGCUUGUCCCAGUCUGGAUGUACAUGAAGCAGAAGGCCAAAGUUACGGCCCUUUCUGACACUGCUGCAGCAACUUUUGACUAGAGCCGCUCACGAACAGACAUUGGGAAUGUGAGGAGCUCUUGCUGGAUAAGUUAAGCCUUCAUUAUUGUGCGUUAACAAAAGAAAGUUUGUAUUCUAUUUUCUCAUGGUGUUGAUUGGUAUCUGCCACUUCUUGAGUCGUAGGGGCUUAGUGAACUCGGUGCCCAGGUCUGCUCUGGCAGUGGCUCCUGCUGCCAUUUGCAGAAAACCCAAUUCUGUAGGUUAUCCCACAGUCAUACGUGACUGUGCCGGAACCCGGACAUCUCAGAUGCACCAACCAUACUUGGUUAAAAACUUACUUCAUCUGAUGAAAAGGCUCUGAGAUGUGUUCUCACCUGGAGAAACGGGGAGAGUGUAUUAACGUGUUAUAAAAUGUCAUUUUAAAUAUACGUGCUCCAGACUGUGCGCUAUUUUUUUCCCUGCACCAACUGUCGUGGCAAACAACUUCCACAACUGGAAAGAAGCCCUUAGCACUUGUUUUUAUGGUUCCAGUUUGCCAAAUAAGUCUUGUAACUUUGUCAGCGCUAUCCAGCUAUUUGCUUCUACAUCUGUGCUGAACACCAAACGCGUUUGUGCCAAAAUAUUAGAAGGGGGAGGGGAGAAAAUGAUAAUCAGAAUUUCUUACGGAAUUGUAUUUUUUCCCCAUCUACAUAACGUGUGGCUCUGGGAGGGACAGGCUGAGAUGGACACUGAGUGGUUUGCGUGAAGGCUUCAGCCCUGCAGGGCUUUGUGCUCCCGGACACAAACAUGAGCAGCCCCAGGCUCCGUGCCCUGCAAUACCUUUUAAACACUUCCCAGGAUAUCACCCACGUGCCCACCUGGCUGCAGGGAGGCUCUUUGGAUCUGCUUGUCUGCUCUGUCCCUCAGCCCCACCGCUUGGCUCGGACCCGAGGCAUCAGCAGCACCCGAGGCAGACGCAGAGCACAGAUCUGCUUCACCGGACACACAGAGGGAUGCUGCGGAGGAGGGCUCUGUUUCUGAGCUCUGGGGACGAGCUGUGGUGCUGCAGGAGGCAGGAUUCUGGGUGAGCUUUCCCUGUGCAGCACGGCUUGUCUUGUAGCACUGGAGGUUUUCUAGGACUUUUUUUUUUACUUUUCAUUUUUGCUGUGUGUCUGAUUUUAGUUACAUCUCUGAUUGCAUGGACUUGUGCAAUAAGAGCAUCUGUAUAAAGCCGUGUUUUUGAGCUGCUUACGUAGGGAUGUCUGUCGUCGUGGGCUGAUGAAGCACGUGCUUUCAGGUACAGCUUUCUAACAGUUGCAAACAGUAAUUUAUUCAGACUUCUGUGGAAAUAUUUGACUUUCUGUUUUAGUGGGAGAGGAGAGAAUCUGCUCUGUAAAAUAGUCCCAGGUCUCCUACUCAAGUAUCUUUAAGUCAUCUUUGCUUUUUACCUGUUUCCUUUUUCUACAUAAUCGUGAAAAAGCUGGGCUCUGUAGUGUCUUGUGCACCAGCAGCCAACGCAGCACCUUAAAUUCAGGUGUCAGACAGCUCGGCCCCCUGGUGUGUGCAGGGCCCAGCCUGACCCGGGGCAGCAGCUGGAGUAAACCCUGCCUUCACACAGAGUCUGCAGGGAAUCGCCUCAGCCAAACUAGGAAUUGGACCUGGAUUCCCUCUGUGUGUUUAAUUUGAUGAAGGACAGCGAGCUGCUGACCGAUGUUAAUAGACAGCCCUUUAGAAACAGGAUUUGGAUGAUGCACAGAAACUUUGGUUAAUUCCACCUCAUUAUCAAGUCAAGUGUAUGACUUCCAAUGGAAAGCAUAAAACUGGUCUCACGAUGCAAUUAGGUGAAAUGGAGAGAUUAUCUUCUCUAAAGGAGUAAUGUCCUCUCCUCCCCUUUGUUCACCUCCCCAGUGAUGCAUGAAAGCCUUAUGGUUUCCAAUGUUACGUUUUAAAGCCAAAUAGGAAGCCCUGUGCCACACAGCAGGCGAGGAAGGGCUGUGACCCAUCUGUCUCACACAGCAGCAGUGAGUUGGGUGGGCGACGGCAAACUCUGAGACCCGCUCUGGAUCCCAGCACUGACGGGAAGAGGCGGCGCGGGGCUGCGCGGUGGUGUUGGUGCCCCCGGGGACACGUGGCUUAGUGUUGCUUUUCCAUUAUUUUCUAAAGCUUUAUGAAAGUAGCUCUGAUAUGUAGCACAGGUGUAUGCUGUCAGCCUGCCCUAGUGAGACGACACUCCUCGCUGAAGGUGGUCUUGGCUUGUUUCACCAGCAUUUCAUACAUUCUCCUUACUAGCGGAGUCACUAGCAGGAACUUUGACUCUUUUUAAUGAGUGUAGCCAGACACGAGGGCCUGGCUGCUGGCAGAUGACACCGAUGGCCCUGUGGUUUUAUGUCACUGUGGAGGUUCUGUUUUUUUUUAAUUAUUAUUAAUGUAUUGAACUGAGUUGCAGUGUGCAGUUUGUGUUAAGCUUGUCUUAGAAGUAAUCCAGUGCUAUCCAUUUGGUGCAGUAGCCAGAAUCAGCACACGUAUGCACAAAGAUGGGGAAAUCUGAUUCAUCCAAUUUCCCGAAAGCUCCGGCACAGAAAGGCUGGAGGUGGCCUUUCAGACAGUGGGAAAUAACUCCAUUUCCCCUCCCCUACUGGAUGGGCACACUUUGAACCGUGCAGAACUUUACAGGUUGAAGAAUAUUCAGGACUCCAGCUCGAGGAGCAGGUGGCAGCACCACGCCUCGUGCUGCUUGCUAAGAGAAAAAGCACAGGGAGCGAGAAGAACACAGUGCAGUGAGGGACUUCAGCCCUGUCACAAAGCACUGUGAGCCUUCCUAGUUCUCCAGGGCACCGGAUAGGUAGGAGGGGUGGGAUAUCACAAAAAGGCUGGGAAGCUGGAGGAGGAAUAACUAGUUGCUGUAUCGUAGCUGAUGGAGCGGUAUGGUUAAGAAAUUCAGUAUAUGUUUUCUAUUAUGUAUGUGCUUGUAUAUAUGUUGUCUUUCUUGAAUAUUCAGAUGAAUCCAAUGCAUAACUUUUAACAGAAAGGGCAGUUCGGGAUUCUGAGCGUUAAAUCUUUCCCGUGUCCCUUUCUGGUGACUGCUAAUGAGGCAGCUACUGACGUGAGAACAAGAGAUGCAUCUCAGAGCUGAGCAACAACCGCUGGUAAAGAAAGCAAAACGAGGACGUCUCCAGCAGGAGUCUGUACCUGAGCUGUUGUUUGAGCCUGGUUCCCAGGUGGGCCCUUCAGUUGUGUUCUUCAGUCUUUUCAGACUGAAGAAAACAAAACAACACACCGUUCUGUAAAUGCUUUGGUUCAUCCUCACGUUUGCUCCGCUAUGUGGAUACGAGAGGAGUCUGCACCACUGCUGCCGGGGUGCAUCUGCUCCUCUCCCCAUGGAGGCAGCCUGCUUCCCUCACUGUUGAUUGAACUGUUCCCUCUGAUAGAUACGUAUGAGCAUGUAUGCAGUAGUGUGUAGGUCUUCUUAACCCGAGAUUGUACGUUAACGAGCGGUGGUGUCACCUACAUGCUUUAGCUUGUUGAGCAUUAUGCGCCUAUUUUGUUACUACAGGCCUGUACUAUGUAUGCCCUCUUAUUUCAUAUGUGAAACUGUAAGUUCUAUUUUUGACAUUUUAAUAAACUUUGAUUUGAAAACGGA